AUGUCGUAUCAUUGGUCAACGAUACCGUUUGCUUCACUCUAUGGAGCAAUUCAGCUGAAUCAGCUUGAUAUAGAAUUGAAGCUAGCAGCUGAACUCCAAUUUGAUUUGCAAAACCUUUUGCUCAAACCGAAACGAAGCGAUGCAAGCAGAUUGAAGCUUGAGCAGGGAAAAUUGACGUUUUCAGAUGGAAUAGAUUACCAACUUAAUGAGAAAUUUGUUAUGGAUACCAAUAAACUCGCGGACGAAUUGAAUCUUGACGAACUAGCAGCAGCGGAGCUACUUUAUCACGCAUGCCAAAACGAGCAGAAAUCUUCUGGGAUCUCUGCUCUCGAUUCUGCCAAAGCAGCAUACUAUGCCCGCAGACAGUAUAUACUACAGAUCGUGACUUACUACCUAUGUAAGUCUGCAGCAGAAGGGCCGCAAACCGCAUUUUUAUCAAAAUUAUCUUAUGACACCAUUCUUUCAUGCUAUCAAUCAAUUGAACAAGAGCUGGAUGACAUUAAGCAGCUGGUAGACCGGUCUAGGCUUAUGGGAAGCCUUUCGGAUCCAAGGUUUUUCAAGCCCAUUAUCUACCGCCGAGAUUCGCUAUUUGGGGAGCACCAGCUUUUGGGAGAACUUUAUUUUGCUAAGGUGUCUUUAUCUGGGAUGCAGCCCACUGAGUUUGACAAAAUUUUCAAUCACUUUACGUCAUUCAAUACAAAUGAUAUCUUAGUGAUGAGUUACCUUCCUGGAACCAUGAAACAGAUAUCAGAGCUCGAAAGAUACUCUGACGAGGAGGUGAAAAAUAUACAUCGAAAUUUGACUGGACUCACUCAAGACUUGCACAAGCUAGCCGAAAAUCCGAUCAAGGCAUUUUUGGUGCUGGUAUUCUUGACCAAUUUCAUUCAAUGGUGCAAGUCGGAAAGCUCAAGAACCAAGCAAUUCGAUUUCACAAGCAGCGUGGAAAAUCCAAUUAAACUGCUCAUUUCAAUUGGUGCCUUAGAACAAUUUCUUUCGCUUGCAGCCGAAAUUUCUAAGCCUGAGCUUUGCACGGAUCCUAGGGCAGAUCUCAUGUACGACUUCCGCCUUUUCCUCCAGCAGCACAUUCCCAAAUUAUCGCCAAUUAGGUUUCUCGAUGUCGAUGCAGAUGCAACAAACCAAUUGAAACGGGCAAUCCAACAACAGAGGCUAAGUGGGAAUCUUACGGUAGAUGAGACAGAUGCAGAAAUAAUCUAUAUUCCUACCAAGGUAUACAGUUUUGAGUCUCAUUUUAGCGACUUCUGCGCUUCGGUAUUCAGCGAAUUUGUGCAUUCUUUUGUGAAAAAUGCUGCAUUCGUGCUAACACAUCUCCGUGAUAUGGAAGAAGACCUUCUACUCUUGAGUGACUCUCUCGAGUUGGACGUUUUAUCUAAGAAUGCUGAUCUUGAGCGCUUUUAUCUUGCUGUAUAUUACCUUUACAGAUCCAGGCCUCAACUUUCAGCCCAAUUUUGGGAGGAUAGCUCUUCGAGUCUUUAUGGUUUUCUUCAAUGGGCUUCACGUUGCAACUCCCCACUAAUAAUUUCGACAUUUUGCUGUUUACUUUCUGCGCUCUCCAACAGCAACGAAAAUGCUAUUAAUGCAUUCAAUUUCUUGCAACUCACUAACACAUCCACCCAAGAGCUUUCCUUAAAGACGCCAGGGGGUGGCUCAACAUCCAUAUCGAAUCGCUUUUCCUGUGUCAGCUGGUCAUCCAUUUUUUCUUCGUUAGCAUUUUACAGUAAACAACUAUCUACCAAGCUAUCCAUCAAUUUGUCGGAUCACUCUUAUUCAUUACAGCAGAGCACUGACACUGAACGAAAUGUUAUUGUUCAGUUAGGGGAAGACUCUUUGAUUUUUUUAUCCGGCUUCUUCCAGCUCAUUUCUGAUAUUGCACGAAACAGCGAUAGAGCUCGUGCCGAACUUUACGAAAGUGACAAUCGUCAGCUCAUCUCAAUACUGACAGAACUCUUGAAAGCCAACACUCCGUUAUCUGGAUCCAUUUUGAUCGUGAUUAGCUCUCUUGUUGGAGAUGGCGUUAACGAAAGGCAGCAGGUCUGGCAAAUUUUGGAUUUUUGGAUAUUUUCUAAGCACUCGAAACCAAGACAAUCAAGUUCAGUGCUGAAGGAUGUUUUCUUGUCAUCGCUAAAGUCCCCCUCGGAGGUCAUAGGGUUCUCCACUUUGGUUCUCAAAUUGUUGCAACCUCUGAAGACGCAAGACGACUUUUUUGAUCAGAUUGAAAUUCCUUUUCCUUUGGACUUGGGAUCGAACUACAGAAGUCAGGGCAUUUGGCCUUACGUGGAGUUUCUUAGUACGGACAUCUUCGUGGAGCUCACGAACAAAAAAUAUGCAGAGGAUUACACGACUCCGUUGCAACUAGCUAUCCUCUCUCUAUGGGAAACGUGUCUGGCUCAACUAGAUCCGGAAAUGAUCAUGGAUGCAUCUGCCUGCAAUUUGAAAGAUCUUGAUAAUAUCACUGCGUGCAAGAACAUCAUCCAGUACCUACAGUCUCACCCUGGAAGUGCGGUUUUGACAUUCCUAUACCGGAUGCCUGUGCACAGUGCUCUAUUCACGAUCGCUAAUCUAGGAAUUGACAAACUGAACGAAUUUGAGCCGCAAUCUAAAGAGUCGAAGUUGCUUUUGAAAUCACUCAAUGUUAUAGAGCUGAUUCUGGAUCGUGAGAGUUUUUACACGGACGAACUACUACCUAUCCUGACCCUUCAUGACAAUCCAUUCUAUAAUCCAUCCGCAAUUAGUACAGGGGGGCUUCAGUCGUUUGUCGAAGCGCUGCUUUUGAAUCUACCAUUGCUUGCCAACAUUGCGCUGUAUGUUGGUGUUUCUAACUCGGAGAUAUCAAGGGUGGCGUUGUCGAUCUUUAAAAAGGUUACUUUGUACUCCUCAUCUAAAGGGAUCGCUGAACUGUCUCUGGGUUCCCGAUUGCUCAGAAAAGACAAAGUGCUUACAAUGCUUGAGACGAUCGACGAGUCUACCAGGAUCAGAUAUUCUUUUAUCGAGCAGAUUGAAGCACCAAUUGUUGAACCUCAAUCGAUUACACUGAAGGUUGAACUACUCCAGUUCUUGAACCAAAAUCUUCCAAGCACUCCUGGUGCAGCGACUGUCUCUCACUUUUUGUUGGGACUAGACACCAGGUCAAUGACAAUUGGUGAGAAAAACGAUCUAGGAUGUAUUGCUUCGGAAAAGUCCUUGUUAAAGUCAAUGGUCACCCUUUUGAGAUCAAUCCUACAAGAACUAAAAAAACUCACAGACAUCGAGUAUUUUCCCAUGAGAAUCAGCGCUCUUUGCUUGGAAAUAAUCUACAAACUUGUGAAAUCUCUCCACAGCCCUUACGAGAUUUUGGACUUUAUGAGGGACAUUGAAGACUCCAAUUUGUUUGUUGAUUUGCUGACUACCACUAGCAAAAUCGGGCUUGAGACAUUAUGGAAUGGGAGAACAUUUGAUUCAACUUUCAAUUCCAAAAACCUUUUUGUCACUCAAGGGGGUAGUAUGUGUGCACUUAUUGCCUUCACAGUGUAUCGCAGUCUGAUUCUUCAGUUGGUUGCUUUGGAACUAAGACACGCGUCUCUUUACGGUUCUUACUCAUUGACCCGUAAAUACGUGAAUCUUUUGAUAGAUUCAAAAAGUUAUAGCACGGGGUCACCCCGUUUGUUUGAGUUCUUGGAUGUUCUUGAAUUCAGGCCAAAAAAUUCAAUUGAGAGAGUCAAUGCUGCAUUUGAGAAAUUCAAUUUUGAUCACAUUUUGAAGAAGAUAACGAUCAAAACAGCAUUUACUCGUGAAGAUAUCAAUGGAUUUGCAUACGACCUGUCAAUAGUUGAUAGGAUUAGCGCCCUUGUGGGAAAAGAAUCUCAAUCUUUGGGACUAUUAUCGUUGAAGGGCCAAAGUGAAAAUCUUAGGUACUUCAAGGAGGAAUUUGUUCAAUUGAAGAAAUUACUGAUUGCAUCAAUUUCCUUUGACAGCUUCAAAUUUAAUCAACUCCAAUGUCUACACUCUUGGGCCUUGCUCACUCAAAUAAUCCUAAACGAUGGAGGACUGGAAAGAAAUAUCAGAGUCAGCUUCAUUUUUGAAGUGUUCGAGAGCAUUGUUCCCCAACUAAUAGACUACCUGAACUUUGAUGUGGCAUAUGCCCAAGACCUUACAUCUCUGUGCAUCUGUUUAUUCAGACUAUAUGAAGUCGACAAGGCAAACAUCCAAAUGUCUGAAAGUGAUCGUGAAGCUGCUGCUUUGCUGGACUCUACGCGUCUUUUCCCGGUUUUUAAAACAUCAGUCAUAGGGAUCAUGUCUCCCCAAUCGACUCCAACAAUAAAAGCCGAUCUGUAUGUGCUAGCUAAUAACUACCUACGACAGAGCGCGGUCAACAAAUCGGUUUUGACUGAAGUUAUGAUCUUCAUUAGAUCUGCUGAUCAAAAAUUUAUUGGGUCAAUUUGCAAUGACUCCCUAACAGCAGAGGGAUCAUGCAAGAUUACAGCAUUACUGCUUUUAGAGACGCUUUUAAAGAUUUCGAUUUCCCUGCAAGGUUCGAAACUUAAGGGUAGCUUCCUGAUUGAAACGGUUCUCCAAAAUAAUUACCUGCUCUUGCAAGUGCAGCGUAUCAAGUCGAUGGAUGAUAUUGUUCUGGCAUGUCUUUGUGAUGGUCGUCCAAGAAUGUCGGUUGAUUCGCUACUUUAUGAAUUAACCACCUUCAAAACCGUUUUUUGUCUACUCACACGAAUAGCUCAAACCUCGAUCGGUGCUAAACAGCUAUUGCAGUGUGAUAUAUUCAAGGCAAUCACUGACUGCUCGUUUUUAGCGGAAGAUCCAGAAAUUGGGCUCACGCUACUUUUAGAAAGCACAGGGAAUGACGGCUUCGGCGAAAGGAAAUCUACUGAAAUCAUUUUCUCCUUAGACUCCAGUCUUUCUCACAACGACAAUAAGUUAGAGGGGGUCUCUCUUUACGAUCUCUACAUACCGAUUUUCCGACUUGUGUGCUCGACACUCAUAUCCUUGGGCCCUCAAAACGAACGAUGUAUCAAGAAAGCUAAACAGUUGACAGUUCACUUUUCCAAGCUUAUCACUGCGAUUCUGAAAAAAGAUCUCUCACGGGGAAAGAAGGAUACCAAGGACAUUGGCGAGACUGAGGCGUCCGAAGACUCUAGAUCGAGAGAUUUGAAUGAAAUGGUCAAAUUGAUAACUCUUUUGGACACCCUUAUCACAUGA